ACACGCGUGAAAGUUGUUCAGGUGUUGUUCAGACGUUACUUGAGGUGAGGUGUUAGUUUAGCUCACUAGCUAACCAGCCCAUAUCGCUUGUGGUCUUAACCGCCGGCUCGCUGAACCGCUUUGGGCCUCGCUGCUAGCGUUACUUAGCAACUGAUCACAUCCCCCCCUCCAUUUAAGCUGAAGAGGUGACCAGGCACCUCAGCGCCACAACACUAUACGAAAAUUCAUUCGAUACAGAUGAUUUUAGCUAACAAUUACGUGUGCUGAGUGAAUUUGUAGCAGCAGUGUGCCCUGCUGGAGCGCCGGUGACAUUGCGGAGACUUUUGGACUUGUGGAAUUUGCUCUUCAGUUUCUUAGCUUAUGACACCUUUUUCUUUUGGGGGGCUAUGUGGGAGAUUUGGACGUGGACGUGUUGAACCUGUGUAGCGCUAAUGUCUCCCAUUCUUAGCGGAGAAGAGCUACCAUUCAGCUAGCUGGUAAGGGUCCUUUUUGCAAGAAGCGCUUUUUCUCCCUUCUCCCUUUUCCUCAUUUUUUUUCAUUUUUUUCCCCCCUUUUUUUGUUUAUUAAAUUUUGGUGCGGAGAGAGAAAAAGCAUUGCAAUCACAGAGCAGCAGGCAGUGGUUUUGAUGGUCUGGGGUAGGUCUGUAUCCAGGGACGAACACAAGCCUUGUGGUUCAGAUCACAGGAGGAAACAUGAGCACAGCCAAGCCCAGUGGCAUAAAAGUGCCUAGCAAGAUAGCUCGGCCACCUGGAACAGGAGCCCCCAAGACCAACCCCAGCACAGCUAAAACUGCUGUUGCAGACAAAUCAGCUGCAAGUACCAGCUCUGGAGAGUCGGGGAAUGUGGAGGAGAGCUUCCAGAUUGGGGAUCGAGUUUGGGUGAAUGGAAAUAAGCCGGGCUACAUACAGUUUUUGGGAGAAACGCAGUUUGCCCCAGGACAGUGGGCGGGAAUUGUUCUAGAUGAGCCAAUUGGGAAGAACGAUGGGUCAGUAGCAGGCGUUCGAUACUUUCAGUGUGAAGCCCUGCGAGGGAUUUUUACCCGCCCCUCCAAGUUGUCUCGCACAGAAGGAGAGGCUAAUGGAACUCAGACGGCACCGACGUCCCGCGCAGCAUCACCCACUCCCUCAGUCGGAAGUGUAGCCACAAAAACAGCACUGCCUUCAAGUACUGCGACAGCCAAGAAGGCCUCAACAGCAACAACACCAGCUACCCCAUCUUCCAAUCUUGCAAGGACAAACAGUGAAUCUGUCUCCAACCUCUCAGAGACUGGAUCGGUCAAGAAGGGGGAACGGGAACUGAAGAUUGGUGACCGUGUGUUGGUUGGUGGUACAAAGGCAGGAGUGGUACGCUUCCUUGGAGAAACAGACUUUGCCAAAGGCGAGUGGUGUGGCGUGGAAUUGGACGAGCCCCUAGGAAAGAAUGAUGGGGCAGUGGCAGGCACAAGAUAUUUUCAGUGCCAGCCCAAGUAUGGCUUAUUUGCUCCAGUGCACAAAGUCACACGCAUUGGCUUUCCUUCCACUACGCCUGCCAAAGCAAAAACAACCGUUCGGAAAGUGGUGGCCACCCCGGGGGGGCUGAAGAGGAGCCCCAGUGCCUCAUCCAUCAGUACCAUGAGCUCUGUGGCAUCUUCUGUUAGUGCUAAGCCGAGCCGCACAGGCCUGCUGACAGAGACAUCCUCAAGGUAUAAUCGAAAGAUUUCAGGCACCACAGCCCUGCAAGAGGCACUGAAGGAAAAGCAACAGCAUAUUGAGCAGCUCAUGGCUGAGAGGGACAUGGAGAGGGCAGAAGUUGCCAAGGCCACAAGCCAUGUUGGAGAAAUGGAGCAAGAAAUUACCCUGCUAAGGGAUGAGCAUGAGCAGAUGGAAGCAAAGAUGGAUCAGUUGCGUGCCUUGGUAGAAGCUGCAGACAAAGACAAGGUGGAGCUGCUGAAUCAGCUUGAGGAGGAGCGUAGGAAGGUGGAGGACCUUCAGUUUCGUGUUGAGGAAGUUUCCAUUACCAAAGGAGACCUGGAGACGCAGACCAGACUGGAGCAUGCCCACAUUAAGGAGCUUGAACAGAGCCUGCUCUUUGAAAAGACCAAAGCUGAGAAACUCCAAAGAGAGUUAGAAGACACUAGGGUUGCUACUGUGUCAGAAAGAUCCCGUAUUAUGGAACUUGAGAGGGACCUUGCACUUCGAACAAGAGAGGUGGCUGACCUGCAGCUGCGUCUUGGGGUCCAGCAGGGCUCUGAGGACUCAAACUCCACUCUUUCUCCCCUCCUGGAAGAAAUAAACUCUCUGAGGGAUCAGUUGGCUUCUCAGGAAACUAGUCAUCAAGAAGAGCUGGGUAAAUACAACGAGAAGCUAGAAGCUCAAGAAAAAAUCCACAGUGAUGCAGUUGCUCAGCUUCAGGCUACAUCUGUGAGGCUCUCUGGUGACAAAGAGCAGCUGCAGAUGCGCUUAAGUCAGGCAGAGAAGGAGAAUGCUGACACUGUUGAACUGUGGCGUUCAAAGUUGGAGGCUGCCGUUGCCUCUCACCAGCAAGCCAUGGAAGAGCUGAAGGUGUCCUUCAGCAAAGGUGCAGGUGCUCAGACAGAAGAACUUGUAGAAACCAAAAGUGCACUUGAGAAGCUGAAGUUGGAGCACAAGUCAGCUCUGGAGGAGGCCGACACCAAACACAAAGCUGAAGCCACGACAUGGACUCAGGAGUUGAAGGCGCUGAAGGCACAGGUGCUGUCUCUGACUGAGGACAAAGAGCGACUGGAGGAGUCACUUCGGUCCAGUGUUGAAAAAACAGAAGAACAGCACCUGGUGGAGAUGGAGGAUGUUCUUGGAAAGCUUCAUGCUGCUGAACUUAAGGUAAAGGAGCUUGAGGAGAAGGAAGCGACGCUAGCACAACAGGCUCAAGACAAGGAUGGAGAAACCAAAGAACAGAUGGGGGAAAUGGUGGCUCUGCGGAGCAAAGUAGCACAAAGUAACCAGGAGCUUGUAGCUCUGAAAGCUCAGCUAGAGGAGGUACAGAGCCAAGGAGACAAGCAGGGUGCCAAGGUUGCUGAAUUAAACUCUCAGUUGGAGGGCAAACAGCAGGAAGUCCUCUCUUUACAGCAGAGUCUGAAUACUGUAAAGCAGGAGAAGGAUACCCUGGAACAAGAACUUGGAGGCCUGAAACAAAAGGUGGCUGAAAGCACAGAGGAGCAGACUACGUCAUCAAAAACUAUGCAAGAAACACUUGAGAAACUGAGUAAGAAAGAAGAGGAGUACACAUCCUUGGCCCAAGAAUCAGAGUCAUUAAAAAGUCAGCUUGCUGGGCUGGAGAGGAAGAUAAAGGCUUCAGAUGAAAAGAACGAGCAGCUUUCAAAAGACAAAAACAAGCUGGAAAAUGAUAUCUCUGAUAUGAUGAAGGCAUCAGGUGAUAGUUCUGUGCAGCUGACCAAAAUGAAUGAAGAACUCAUACAGAAAGAAAGGAGGCUAGAGGAGUUACAAAAUCACCUAGCAGAGGAGAAGGAGAAGGUGGCACGCUUAAAUGAACAACUCCAACAAGAAGUGUCCCACAAAGAGCACGAGCUCAAGGAUACUAGAGAGACACAUCAGACUGAAAUAAAUACCCUUCAGGAGAACAUCACUACCUUGGAGAAGACUGUUAAACAGGGUGAGACCUUGGUUGAGGAGCUCAAGGCCUCACAGGAGAAAUCCCUCUCUCAGGUGUCUGAGCUCCAUGCAAAGGAAUUUGAAACACUGCAGAGUCAGGUUGACAAGUUUAAGCAGGAACUCUCCUCCUCCAAGGACAAAACCCAAGAGCUAGAGAAGAUGGUGUCUGAACUGCAGCCAUACAAAGAGCAGGCCCAGUGUUUUUCUGCUGAGCUUGACUCCUACAAGCAUGACGUUGAACAGUUGUCCAAAAAACUGGAAAAGCAAAACCUAGAUCUGGAAAAUAUGUAUAAGGAAAGUGAGGAUUUUAAGGCUGAGAAAGGCAAACUGGAGAAGCAGCUUUUAGAUGUUCAGGCUAAGCUUUCUGCCCUUGAGAUUAUUCACCAGGAACUUUCAGUCCAGAAUAAAGAACUGCUUACAACCAGAGAAAAGCUAACAAAACGCCAAGAGGAACUGCUCGCCACUAAGAAGCAUUCAGAUGUUUCAAUGAAUGAGGAACUCGACAAGCUCAAAAGCCUUCUUCUAGAAGCACAGACUGAAAUCAAAGAUCUGAAGCAAAGUAAAAGUGAAUAUCUGGCUCAAAUUGAGGAGCUUCAAAGACAAAAUGCAGAGAAGAAUGAUUCUAUCCGAAAGCAUCAACAGGACAUUGAGCAAAUUGAAGCAAAAAAGAAGCAGCUACUUGAGGAUUAUGAAAAAGUCUGCAAAGAGAGAAACCGGCUUGAAGAGGACCUUAAUGAAAGCAAGUCAAGGCUGACGUAUGAGAAGGACAAUCUGAUUUUGGAGAGAGAUUCUGCUAGAAAUGCUAAAAAGUCUCUUGAUGCUAAGAAUGCUGAGUUGCAGGCAAAACUGAAAUCCUUGAACUUAGAAAAAGAAGAUCUCACAAUCAAGAACACCCAGCUUCAAGCCCUAGCAGAAACGCUGACAAAAGAGAAGGCAGAGAUGUCCUCUGAAAUCAGCGCAGUUGUGGAGGACAAAAAGAGCCUUCAGACUGUGAAGGAGGAGCUCCAGAAUAAGCUUAGUAUUACAAAGAAAGACAUGGAGAGCUAUAUCCGUGAAUGUGAAGAACUUAAAAUCUCAAAAAUGAGCUUGGCCCAGAUGCUUGAAGAAUUCAAGACAAGCAGUCAAGUGACUGAUUCUGAAAGGAUUCACUUGCUACAGGAGAAGGAAGACCUUCUUGCAAUCCAAAGACAAACCUCUAACAAGAAAGAAGAGCUUCUCAGAGAGAUACAAGAAUUAAAGGAAAAGCUUCAAGUAUUAACAGAACAGCUGACCCAGACCAGAGAGAAAUUCGAAGAAAUGUUAGCAUCUGUUGAGCAAGAGAAGCAAGCGCUUCGUCUUCAGAAUUCUGAAACGGAGAUGGCUCUCCAUGCUUUACGAAAAGAGAAGAUGAGCCUGGAUUCAGCGCUGGAGCAGCAGAACAUGGACUAUGAGCGUUUGGCUGGGGAGAAGGAAGAGUUAGAAGAGAAGCACACAAAGGCCGUAUCUGACAAAAGUGCUCUUUCUCUCGAACGUGAUAAGCUAGCUAGUGAUAUCCGAACAAUCAGUGACCAACUGGAUAGUUUCUCCAGAACUAAUGUUAACCUUAUUCAGGAGAAGAAUCACUUAUCAACAGUGCUGGAGGAAACCCAACUGCAAAAAAAAGAGUUUGAAGCCAAGUUGACUUCUUUGAAACUGGAAAACACUGACCUGCAAAAUGAACUGAAGAAAAAGUCCUCUGAUAAUGAAAUGCUUGAAAAGAGCAAAGCUGAACUCAGUGAAGAGCACAGUAAACUAAAACUGAAUUUUGAGAAGGCUAACUCUGAGCUUGUUAAUCAGGUAGAAAAACUGACAGAAGAACACAAACAUCUUCAGUCCUUACAGACUGAGGCAGAGAGAAAAGUGCUGUCCUUGCAGAAGGAGAACCAGGAGCUGGUUCAGGAGAUCCAGGAGUUGAAAAGUCAGAUUAAUUCAGUCUCUGAUGCCAAGCGCGUACUUGAGACCCAGCUGCAGACUGAAUCUAAUGAGCGCAGUAAAGCGGUGUCUGACCACGAUCAUCUUUCCAAGCAAAUUGAGGAACUACAGAGAGCUUUGUCCAAAGUUGCUCAGGAGAAAGAAGAGCUUUCAUACAACUUCAGCAAUGCUGAGGAGCAAAAGAAGGCCUUCAUGGUGGAUGUGGAGGCUUUGAAGGCACAACUGAAGCGCCAAGAGCAAGAAAAUUCACAGUUGACAGAAGAUAAAGACCAGUUAUUAUCGAAGCUUGAGGAGCUGGGCAGACAGAUGACCUCACUGACCACAGAGAAGGAUGAGCUGUUAGCCAGCCAGUGUAAACUAGAGCAGGGGAUUUCUUCCCUCCAGACGGACCAGGAGAACUGGCUUGCAGAGCAAUCAAAACUUCUUGAAGAGUUGAAGUGUUUGCAGGUUAGUCAGGAAAAACUACAGGUUGAUGUUAAGGUCUUACAGACAGACAAAGAAACUUUGGAAAAGCAAUAUCAAGAUGCUGUAGCCGAGGUAUCUGCUUCCACUGCUGUAAAAGAAGAAAUUUCCUCCAGCAUCGCACAUUUAACAGCUCAGAAGGAUGCCCUCCAGGUGGAGAGGAAUGAAGCCACCCAGCAAGUCAGGCAACUGGAAUCACAGCUAAAAAAUGCCAUUUCUAAGCAACUUGAGGCUGCAGAGGCCUCUGGCAAGACAGCCGAGGCUCUCGAACAGCUGACAAAAGAGAAGGCCGUGUUGAUGCAGCAGAAGAAUGAAGUCCAGUCUUUGCUGGACGAGCUGCAGACAUCCAAGCAGGAGUUGGAAACACAGCUGGAAAGGCUGAAGAAAGAGAACUCAAAGUAUCAAGAAGACCUUAAUGUAUCCAAAGAGCAGCUUUGCACUGAAACUCAGAGGAGCAAAGGUUUAUGCCAGGAAAUUGAGGAGCUUAAAGCAGCGGUCUCUGUGAAGUCGCAAUCCCUGCAGACGCUCCAGGAUGAGAAAAACAGACUGACUGAGGAGCUCGAUAAUAAACACAGAGACCAGAGUGAUGUUGUGAAGCUUAAGGAUGAGCGCUCAAAGCUCAAAAAACAGUUGGAAGAAUUGAAGCAAAGCCUGCCAAAUAAUGCCUUCAGUGAGAGCGCCUUGAAGGAACAGCUGGAUAAGGAGAAGGCUGCCCUCCAACAGUCCAUCCAUAAAAACGGUGCCUUAAUCUCAGAAAAGGACCAGCAGGUGGAAAACCUCAAGAGUGAGCUGGCUGUAGUACGUGGGGAAAGUGCCUCAGUUAAGACACUGCAGGGUACAAUUCAAUCCUUGGAGCAGGACAAAGCUACUCUACAGGCGCGUGUGCAGAGACUGGAGAAGGAUCUGACCAUCGGGCCCAUUGGUGAUGCAGUGUUGGACCAAAUGAGGGAGGAUAAGGAGACUGCAGAGAGUCAGGCAGCGAUUGAUUUCCUGAAUUCAGUCAUUGUGGACCUCCAGAAGAAGAAUCAGGAGCUCAAGGACAAACUGGAAAAAAUGGCAGCUGCUGCCCUUAAUGGAAAUAAUCCAAGCGAGCUGGAUAACUAUGACGGCCACGACAAGCAGCCUGCAAAGAAGAAACCUCCUCCGAGGCUCUUCUGCGACAUCUGUGACUGCUUUGACCUCCACGACACUGAGGACUGUCCUACGCAAACGCAGAUGCCAGACUCCCCUCCACACACCACCUACCAUGGCAAUAAGGGUGAGGAGCGGCCCUACUGCGACAUCUGUGAGGUCUUUGGGCACUGGACUGACUCCUGUAACGAUGACCAGACCUUUUAAAGCCUUUUUGCUUUGUUUUUUUGUUUUUUUUAAACCCUCGUUCGCACAAUUACUAUAUUUGCACACCAUUUUGGAUUACGCUGUGCUUCUGGGGUCCUAAUUGUGCGUGUGUGUAUGCAUUUUGUGUGCUUGUUUUUUUUUCCCAAGCAUCUUUGUUGUCCACACCACCCCUUAAGCGCUCUUAGAGGAGAAAGGUUUGGCAGAAUCUCUCCAUUCAUUCAAAUAAACUGCUACACAUGAAAUAACAGUUUCAUUUGCAAUUGUAAAUGAGUUUGAAGGAAAGAAAAUGUUUGAUAUCUUGGGUUUGUGUGAGUGAGGGGCUAAUGUAAGUGGAUGUAUCAUUCUGGGAGAAGCAGCAGUCUUCUUCAAAUCAUUUAAUUUAUCAGUAUGUUAACACCGUUUGCACAGCUUGUAAGGGGGUUACAGAGAUAAUAUAAUAUCAUAAAAGUUGUUUAUUUGAAGCUGUAAAUGACUUGAUUGAAAAACAAAUGUCAGUUUGCGCAAAGUCUGGGAGCUAUAGUUUAUUUUUUAUGCCUGGAAAUGCUAUGUACUUAAAGAUUUGAUAGUAUGAGUGUAAAUUUGUAACAGGGAGAGGUUUCCUUGCUCUGAUAUGGAGUUGGAGCAAAAAGCAAUGCUGUUUGGCUUUAAUAGGAAACUUUUUUUAUGGACUUUGAAAAGGACUGCAGGAAGAUUGAUAAGAAUAAAAGAAACUGUUAAAUAAUGGACUUGAUGCUUAUGAGUCCUCAGUUCCUGUAAUGGCCUUUCCAAAAAAAGUUUCUUAGAAGAUCAUUUCUGUAUGAAACGGUGAAACACUUUGGCAUUUCUCGCAACAUGUUUUCAAUAUUGGUGUAUUAAAAAAUAAAUAAAACAUUUAUGGGUAAAUGAA